GGGCAAGUGAGGCUGCAGCGGGCAGCCGCUCUUCCGCCUGCGUCAGUCGCGCUACGCUGGAAACGGCGCGCAGUCUGGUUGCCAUCUCGCCUUUGACCGCAUGUAGCUGUCGCGGAGUUGGGUGGCUGCUUCUUGGAAAUACAGAUCAUCGUCCGGCGCUGCGCUCCCUCCCGCCCCCUCCACCGGAUCCAGACCCGUCGUUCUCUGCUGGGCUGCAGCCGCCCAGGUUCCUGCUCCUUAUUCACAGAGUGACCGCAACGCGGGACUUUGUGACCUAUUCUGUAUCCCCGCCCCGCCUUGCCUGGGCCCUGCUCUUUGGCUGCCCCAUCUUCCCUGGUCAGGCCCUGGGCCUACUCCACCCGGGCAGCCACCAACAAAUGAACGGAAAGACGGCUAAUCGGAAGAGCCCUGGGUCCUACACAGAGAAUCCAGACAGGGCCAAGGGGGCCCCGGACUGCACUGAGGCCCCUUCUAUUCAGAGUCUGCACUGGCCAGAAGGCUUGAAGGGCGCAGAGAUAAAGAAGGAUGGCCGAGAAGGGACACUACUAAGUAAAUACAACCAGCAAUACCACAAGCUCUUUAAGGACAUCCCCUUGGAGGAGAUGGUGCUCAAAGUGUGCUCCUGUGCCCUCCAGAGGGACCUCCUUGUCCAGGGCCGCCUCUACAUCUCCCCCAACUGGCUCUGCUUCCACGCCAGCCUCUUCGGCAAGGACAUCAAGGUGGUCAUUCCCGUGGUGUCUGUGCAAACGGUGAAGAAACACAAGGUGGCGCGACUCCUCCCCAAUGGCUUGGCCAUCACCACCAACACCCGCCAGAAGUAUGUCUUUGUGUCGCUGCUCUCCCGGGACAGCGUGUAUGACGUGCUGAGGAGGGUCUGCACGCACCUGCAGCCUUCCAGCAGUAAGAGCCUGAGCGUGAGGAACUUCCCAGAGGAACCCGAGUGCAAGUCUCUGGAAGUCCUCAUCCCUGAGAUGAAGUGGAGAAAAAUAUGCCCUGCCACCAGGUCGUUGUUGCUGUCAGACAAUAUCCCCUGCAUCCCUCAGGAGUCGCUGGACUCCACAGAUGGCCUCUUCCCCUCCGGGAAGCCUCGGGGGCCUGAAGAUGCUGCUUGUGAGACCCAGGAGCAGCAGGAAGAGCCAGCGAGAGAGCAGGAGCUGCCCCUCUGGGAUUCCCAUCUCCUCAAGGUCAUCUUCAUGCUGAUCUGCUUCUUGGUCGUGUCCUCGUCCUAUCUUGCAUUUCGCAUCUCCCGGCUGGAACAGCAGCUGUGCUCCUUGGAUUGGGAUGGGCCAGUCCCUGGGCACAGGUAACAGCUGCCUGGCCUUGGUCCUCGCAUCUCUCCAAGAAGAAUGCUCAGGUGCUAAGACUGGUUUGUGCUGCUGCCGUGCUGAGGCCCCGUGUGAAGGGAACAUUCCCGAUCCCCCUCCUCCCCGGCUCCUCCUGCCCUCCGCCAGUGAGCUGAAGCACCUGUUUACAAAGUGACCAGCUCCUCCAGAUCUGAGAUUCGAACAGAAAGCUAGAUUCUUUGAAGCAGCUGAGGAAUUCUGUAUACUAAGCUGCCGCAGCCACUUCAAUGAAUAACAUUUAACUUGCUCCUUGGAGACCGCUCUAGCACACAGGCUGAGCCCUGGGGGCUGCCUCAAGAGACAAAGGCUACACUUUGCGACCUGGAA